GUGUGACUGUCACAUAUGGUGGAUGAUCGAUGCUGCAAACGAUCGAAAAGACGAAAGGCAAAACUUUAUUCAGCCCAGAUCCAAUAUGGAAUACAAGAUUUCAAUAGGACAGAGUGUGUUGGUUGUAUGGAGUCAAGGUCAAUCUCCAGAGCAAAUUAAGGAAGUGGUGGAGAGACUGAGCAGUAAGGUCGGACAGAGUGGGCGUGUCCAGGUAGAGAAUGAUGAGAGACUUUCUAUGUCCUCACAUCCAGCCUCAUCAUUUGAUGUAGCACUGUUAGGAGCAAUCAAGCCAUCAACACAGACCCACUCCUUUGAAACUCUUGCAGAGAUAGCCAGAAUCCUCAAGCCAAAGGGACAGUUGUUGUUACGGGAACCUGUAUCAGAGUCAGAGAAUGGAGUUGGAAUAAGGACACCAGCCAAGCUAGGAUCAGCAUUAAAGCUGAGUGGAUUUGUAGAUAUUAAUCAGAAUGUAGUUGAAGAUUCAGAUCCUUCUUCAAUAGCUCAGAGUAGAAAUAUGACUGAAAUCAAUGGGUUAAAGAUGGUUGAAGUGAGCUGCAAUAAACCAGACUUUGAGGUGGGAUCAACCGCUUCUCUACCUCUCUCAUUUGCACCGAAAGCUAAAUCAGAGCCAGCAAAGAAGAGUGGGGAUGUGGCAAAAGUUUGGACUCUCUCAGCAUUUGAUAUGGCUGAUGAUGAUGUGGACAUCAUUGAUUCAGAUGCACUUUUGGAGGAAGAAGACCUAAUGAAGCCAGACCCAGAAUCUUUAAAAGCCACAUGUGGACCAAACUCGGGCAAAAGGAAAGCCUGCAAAAACUGUACUUGUGGUUUUGCUGAAGAGUUGGAGCAAGGCAAACCUGCCAAGGCAAAGUCUGUGACAUCAUCAUGUGGCAGUUGUUAUUUGGGAGAUGCCUUCAGGUGUUCAACAUGUCCUUACCUUGGUAUGCCCGCCUUCAAACCAGGAGAGAAAAUCUCAUUAUCAAGUAGACAGCUCAACGCCGAUGCCUGAUCCACAAUCUCCUUUCUCUACAAAACUCUAUUGGUAUCCAUAUCAUACCAGUACAUCAAUAUUGAUGGGAGAUAUUCUCUCCAUAUUGAUGGGAGAUAUUCUCAUCAUUUGGCUGGGAAUUCUGUGAUGUGGCGGCCUGUCUUUGGUUUUGGUAAAGUGCAUGUCAACCGCCCCAUCUUACAAAAUGUUGCGAUUGAUCUGGGCACCGUUUCAUAAAGGACUUGCAACUGUUGUAACUUUGCCGUUAUGGC